GGAAAAGAAAAUAAGACCAACCCCCAAUCUGACCUCCUCUCUCCCGUGAUUUUCAUUUCCCCAAAACCCUCAAUUUUCCCUAUCUCUCUCUCCAUCACCGUGAAAUCCUCUCUGUGGGCUGCUCUGGGUAGGGGUGUUGUUGUUGUUGUUGUUGUUGUUGUCAGUCUUCUUCUGCUGCACCGUUGUCGUUGUGAGCUACAUUAACAGGGGCGGAUUUUGCGCAUGCACUUUUCACGCCGGCUGCGCAUACUCGCACGGACUGUCGGAGCCAGAGCCACCGGCCGCGGAGCCAGAGUCUCCUCUUCUGUCUUUGAUUCUUCUCUACUUUCGAAUUUAGGAUCUUCUUUCACAAGAUGAAGCCGAACACAGAAGCAAAGUUACACGAUGAGACCAUGACAUCUCAUCAAUCAUCAUUCUUAUCAUCUCAGCAGCCACCACAACCAGUUCAUCAGGAUGAUGCUGAUGAGGAGGACGAGAAUGUGAAGCAACUCGGAGAUUGCUCUUCCCUUUACUUAUCCUUACAGGAUUGUCUAAUAAAAACUGAUAGAAACUGGAAAUCAUGCCAAAAGGAGGUUCAAGCUCUGAAGGCAUGCAACGAAAAGAAGCGUGGGAAGUAACAAUCGUGUUGCGGCGGAGUAGAUUGUUGAUAGAAGCAGCAAUGCACAUUGGCUUGCUGUUUGAGGACCUCAAGCUUGUCAAAAAAAAAAAAACUAUGAUGCUGAGCAAGACUUUCGGGCAUGAUGGUUCUAUUGGAAUGAACGGCAGUAAUCUGCUCUUGUAAUUUGGGAAAGGUGGCAUACUUAGCUCGCAGUUGGACAGUGUUACAUCUACCCGGUGGGUAGUUAACCCACUAGAAAUAGAGAAUCAAAAAAUUGUUAAAAUUGAUGAGUUGGAUUUUACUAUUUAUUUAAUCCUAUCUCUAGUAGGUUGUUGACCCAUUGGGUAGAUAGAGUUUUUUUCCUCGCGGUUUAGGUAGAGUAAUAUCUUACAAUAUAUGAAAAGUUAUUGUGGUAGUACACAUUAAAGGAAAUCAAUUGUAAUUAUUUUUGUGGCUAUAUAUUUCCAAGGUGUUGGUAAAAACUAGACAACACUGAUAGGUUUUAUUUA